AUUUUUCUCAAUUUUCCAAGCCAGAAACAUGCUAAAAACCCGAUUUCUUCUCCAAUCCGCUCAAAAUCUCGACUUUUUCCCGUCAAAAUCGUUCAUGUACGUGAAAGUUCGACGUCCCGGUCAAAAACAGCAUUUUGUGCAAGUCGCGUCUGAAAUUGAGCUUCUCAAAGACGUUUAUGGCGCUGAAGCGCUGAAAAAUCUGAAAAUCACCGAUGAAACGUGGCAAAUUCUGAUGGAAAUGGGUUGGGAAGAACGGCACACGUAUUUUAUGGAUUUAUUGAAAUUUCAGCGAAAAAAUGAGCUGAAAAUCGUGAAAAAUGAGGAAUUAAUUUCAACUGGAAACGAGGCUCGACUAGCUGCUGGUGAAAUGGUUUACGCGAGGAAUUUUCACUCGAUUUUAGACAUUUAUGGUUCGGAAUUCCGCCAAAAAAUCGAUAAUUUCUACGGGAGAAAUGUGCUGAAACAGAGAGAUGAUAUACGGAAAUUCAUCGUGGAUUGCCGAUUUUUGCGCGAUUUUUCAGUGAAAACGCAGGCAAAUUAUACAAAUCAAAUGCAACAAUUACACGACGAAAAUUGGCUUUCGAACCGCCCGUUUUCCAUCAAUUUUGCCAAUUAUCAAGCCGAUCAGCAGCUGGUGGAUAUUGCUAAAAGAAAUCUCCUAUUCCAGUACGGUCCUCCAUCGAAAAUCGGAAAUUUCCGACGACAUCCAUUUGCGCCGGUGAUCACUUCGCGGAGGAUCGAUUCUGUUGAGAAAAAGGAAAAUCUGCUCUACAUCUCCCCGAAAGCCACCAAAUUCCUCCCGGACUCCGUCCCCGAGCACGUUAAAGGCGUUGUAAUUUGCCUUUCCAAUGAUGCUUCACCAUCAACGAGUAGCCAAAGCGCUUGUAUCGCUGAUAAGGUGACACCCUAUCAGCUGCCCUUUAAACGGGUCAUUAGAUCAGAACGCUUCCGGCCAUAUUCAGUGCACCUGUGGCAAUUGGCGCGGAUUUUUCGGCAAUAUUUCGAUGGAGCCACAAUAGAUGAGGCGAUUUUGAGCAAUACGGAAAAUCUUCUGGGAAGAAGAAGCGAAAGUCAGAGGAGUAGCGGGAAGGAGUACGAGGAGAAGGAUGAGGUGUUUCGAUCGUCAAUGUAUCACAUCAACAACUGUUCGAAUGGGCUCACGGAGCAGCAGCAGAAGCAGAGGAUAAGACAGCAGCGGCGUUGCACUUAAAUCUCACUAUUUUUUUUAUUCGAUUUCCCAUUAGUUUUUGUAGAUUUUUCGUUUGAAAAUUGUUGGAAAAGUGCGUUUUUUUUCCUGAGAAAUUGAAAAAUUUCGUGAUUUUUUUUACCUUGAAAAUCUUGAAAUUUUAGCUUUUAAGCCCGAUUUCUGUCUGAAAUUUUGCCCAUUUUCCGCCGGUUUGUCACUGUUUUCUUGUUGAUUUUUCUGUUAAUAUCAUUCAUUUCUAUGAAUUUUAUUAU